AUGGCGGAGGGCACAGAUUCUUUAGUUGAAAUGAUGAAAAAUCUACGCUUUGAUAUUCUAAACCCUGAGGAACCGAGCCAACAGGUUGAGACUACACCAAGUCUCCAGGAAUCGUGUCGCAGAACAAUCAUACGCGCAGUUGGGCUGGACCGUUUAUGCAAAGCUUCCGAACUCCCAGUUCCGAAACCGAUGGUAAAUUUCCUAGCAGGCGAGUUAUCGACCAACGAUUUCUUCGUGAACAGAAACAGUUUGAAUUCGGAGAAUAUUUCAAAUUGUAUCUACCCCGCGCAGUGCUUGCUGGAUAAUCGCACUGUCAUGUUAAAGUGUAUUGGUCCGUGUAUGAAGUCUCCAGAGCUCGCCAGCGCUAUGAAGGCCUGGGGUGAUCUUGAACAUGCACACCUAAUGCGAUGUUUUGCGGAGUUCAAACAAAACAAACAUGAUAUCCUAAUCUUUGAGCAUGCGCCUCAUUCCUUCAGUGAUAUUCAGACAAAACUACGCAAUUCUAACGGAUCUAUACCGGAGAACCUAAUCUGGCGCGCAUUUGCGCAACUCUGUGAAGUGCUGGUGUUUCUGCGUUCACGUAGUUUGGAGUACGAGAAAUUGAAACCGGAGUGCAUCGCGUUCGAUUCUGAAGGGAAUCUUAAGUUGGAUAAUUUGUUGCUGUAUAUGCCUUUUAAGGAAGACGAAAUGAUGGACGGGAUGGCGGUGGAUGAUGAAGGUCUUAAAGGGAUAUACACUUCACCUGAGGUAUGUUGUAGGAUUCGAAGGGACAUACACACUGAACUUUGUUAAAGCAUAAUCCAGCCUAAUGUCUUCUUCAGGGAUACAGUAGGUAGGAGUGCUAAUCAUCUUUCGUUAAAGCUUAUGGCGGGGGUGGCACCGAAGAGAAAAGGGUUGGGUAAACACAAUUUUACGUGAGUAAAAGGUUGGGUAAAUGAAAAAAAAAAACUCAAGGGUUGGGUAAUAAAAAAAUAUUGUCAUUUCCAAAGCAUGACUCCCUCAAAUUAUAUAUUAGGACUGUUCGGUAUACCGAUAUACCAAAAAUAUCGGUAUUAAAUCAAUAUCGGUAUAUCGAUACCGGAUAUUGAACCAUGCAUAUCGAUAUACCGAAAUUUCCGAUAUACCGGAAUGUUUCAGUAGGUAUACCGUGUUAAAUUUACCAACUAUAUGGCGAAAACAUAACCUUUAUUUUACUGCUGAAUGGCAAUUUGAAAGAACUUUCUACUGCAAUGAUUUAGAAUUUCCACUUCAGUGAGAUUUUACACUGAGUACGUGUCGUUCAAAACAGCUUCGGAAUUAUCGUUUUCCCUUUUAGAAUUAUUCAAAAUUUCCUUCAAAUUUUAUUAAAGAAUUUUCUUUUAUAAUUAUCAAAGGAAAACCGGUAAACCGAUCAUAUCGGUAUAAUUUUUUCGGUAUACCGAUACCGGAAAUUUCUCAUACUGAACAUUCCUAACUCAAAUAUUGAAGACUAAAAAGCAAUGUCAACAGUAAUGUGUCAAUACAAUAUAUAAAUCAAUCAGAGCCACUAUCUACAGGUUCUUCAUUGACAACAGAACUUUAGAAAUCUGACGAAGUCAACCUGUAUAAUUAUAUACAGAAUUAUUAUUGAUCAUUUUCCGAUUUGCCAGGAGGGAAAUAGUUUCUCAAAAGAAAGUACAUGUGCGGACAACAUGAAACAUUAGACUGCAGAAAAUUGCACAAAUGGUAUCCUUUUGCAAAAUCGUUGGCCAGGGGUGGGUACUUUUUAAUGGUUGGAUCGGCAAAACUUUUACCAAGAAAAACAUUUCUCUUCGGUGCCACCCCCCACCAUAAAUAAUGACCAGUCCCUUAGUGCUGAAUUUUUAAAUUCUUUCUUAUCAGGUAAUCAAUGAAGAGCCCUCAGAUAAAUCCAUAAUAUGGACAGUUGGCUGUUGUGCCUACGAGAUGGCGACAUUAAGACCAGCAUACGCUAUACAAGGCACAGAUAUGUUCUCAGCACUCAAUGAGAUUAUGCAAGGCAACCCCCCACCUCCACUUCCAGCGAGCUAUACCGAAGAUUUCCGAAACCUUAUCGAUAGCUGUCUACGAUCGGAGGCCGAAACUCGCCCGAGUAUUGAGGAACUCUUGCGAGUAGCAAAAGAGAAGGCAGGCCCAGUGCAAGGCUCCAUUGUCAGUUUAUAA